UAGCUCUCUCCGAUCUCACGUCUGAAGGCCGCUGAGCUGGCGAGCGACCUCUUGUCAAAGGCACGAGAUCAAGACUCGGUGGGCACCUGCUGGCUUCUGGACAUUGCUGCGCUGGACUCAGCUCGCAAAGCUACUGCGGCGAUUGCAUUGGCUUGCGGACAUCGAACCCCCCCAACGAUGAUGACAUUUUCAAACUCAAUGAGGCGGCAAGUCUGCCACAUCCGCACCAUCUCAACAUACCGGCUUUUGGGUGCUUCCUCCAUUCAGUCUUCAGCCCUAGCGCCUCGAAGUGCGACAGCCCACGUCGCCUCUCCUGCGAACCACAAUGGCCUGCACACAUCGUGCGCUCUGUCAGACAAAUUGAAAUCGCAUAGCGGAGCCAAGAAACGUUUUCGGGCAGUGGGCAAGCUACGAAAAACGGUCGGAAGCGUCCCUUUUCCAUUCGCAAGCAGUCCCUACUCCAUUCGACUGCAGCGUCAGCAGCAUCAAGAACAACAGGAUCUACUUGCUCUAGCCCAUGGCCUGCCAGUUGAGAUGCUAGGGAGACAGGCACCGCUUCCUACGCUUCCUAUCAGACGCGUCGUUGGACCCUUGUUCAAGAGGGGAUCGGCAGGAAAGAGACACUUGAAUGUGGGCAUGAGCUCUGGUAGAAAGGUCAGGCUGAGAGGUAAUGUCUUGGAAAGAGGAGGAAAGAGGAGUCAAGUGCUUCGUAGAAUGCUCGCUGCUAGGAUCUAGAGGGGCGCUGGAGGAAAACUGCCCGGGAGGAGCGGCACGAAUUGAUCAAU